AUGUCUGAAAAUUUUAAAGAUACGAGAAUCAGAGAUGCAGGUGUAUCCCCCGAAAAGGCAGCCACGGAUCCCAGUGGUGAAAAUAAGAAACUCAACAAAUCCCAGCAACUGAAACAAGUUUUUAAAGAAUAUGGUGCUGUAGGGGUUUCAUUCCAUGUUGGAAUUUCGUUAGUAUCUCUAGGAAUCUUCUACCUGGCUGUGUCAAGUGGUGUGGAUAUGACUGCAGUUCUCUUCAAACUUGGUUUCAGUGAAUCAUCGUUGCAAUCUAAAAUGGCUGCUGGUACAAGCACAUUUGUGUUGGCAUAUGCUGUUCACAAAUUGUUUGCUCCAGUACGCAUCAGCAUUACUGUAGUUUCUGUGCCAUUUAUUGUCCGAUACUGCCGGAAGAUUGGUUUCUUCAAACCUCCUGCCCCAAAUCCAUGAUUAUUUCUUACUGUUUUUUACUCUGGUUUUUAAAUGCUCUAUAUCCAUGUAGUUUUUCGGAUUGCUAAAUUUCCUUAAAAGACUUAUUUGGAUUCAUGUUAAUGCUGACCUCCUCUUGCAUUUCCUACUUGUUCUUUCAGGUAAAUGUUACACUGUGAAAAGUGCUGUCCAUAUCUUCUUUCUCUUUUACCACUUCUUCUUUAGAAAAACCUGUUAAAAUAGUAUCUGGUUUCCACUGCAAGUGGUCAUAUAAACGCUUGACAAUGAACAGUCUCUUUAGAACACACAGUUCUGUGUCUUUAUAAUCUAGCUUUUGGGGCCUUAUUUUUUUUCUUGUCAAAAUAGAGCAGCAGCAUUAUUUUAUUACUGUGUAGUUGGAAAAUGGCAUACAAUUCUCUUUCUAAUAGUCUGUGGAAUAAACAAUAUCCUACUAUACGAAUAAUUUUUUUGGUAAGUGUAUAAAUGGGAAUCUAAGGUGAGUAUUUCUUUUGUUAUAAAAGGCAUACAUUAUGACACCAGCCCUACAAUACAACACACAUGCUGAACUAACCUAAGUGGGAAUACCUGUAUGCUUAAUUAUUGCACAGUGGCAAUUGUUUUAGCCAGAGUGGGUGAUGCACUGUUCUGAAACUACAGCUCCUUUGUGGUGCUUCCAUGUUUCGAGAUUUUAUUGUUUGAAAAUGUGCUUUAUUUUUAGGCUAGGAAGUGGCCUUACUGAAGUUUUUUUUUUUAAUCUUUUUUUAUGCCUAUAGACUUAGAAGGAAUCCUGAGUCUACUGAAAUCAGUGUAACCAGAAUUACCUCCUGUGUGACCAUAUUCCAAAGAUCAUCAAGUCAGAGGCAAGAUAUCUGUGGGUUUUUAACAUAUUGAGAUCUGGCUUUGUACUGGAGUCACAUUUUUAUCUGAAAACUAACCCUAGCAGCUUUCUGCUCCUGUGGAUGAAACUCAAAUCUGCAUCUGCAGUCCAGACAUUAACAAUUCAUGGCUUCUCAAGAGCAAUUCCUGUUUUUUGUCUGACAGGCUGAUGAAUGUACCAAUUACAGGUGCUUUUCAUUUCCUUAUUUGGACACUGUUCCUAUUAGAAUGUAGUUGUACAUACCUUUAUUCACGUACCACCUUUCGGUUAACCUAAAGACUGGAUCCCAAAACUAGGAAGUCAACCUAAUAUUCUGUGGUAAACCUGGGCUUUAGACUUAGGACUCUACUUCUGUGAGAGAGCUUGAGCCAGAUGUAGGAGUCUUCUGGACCUGUUCUUUGCAGGUCUGCUCUUUUUACAUUUUCUUUCUCUGUCUUUGUGCUUACACUUAACCCCAAGGUGGCUCCAACACAGAUCUGUUCAUACAGGAAUCAUCGUAAAACAGCAGGAAGUUACCCUGAUGAUCAGAGUAAUUUUUUUUUUUCUUAAGUUUAUUGAAUUGACAGGAAGGAAUCAGGGUUAGGGCAAGAGCUGAUGGAAGGACAAGCAAGUGAUUUUGUUAUGAGCAACUUAUCCACACACAUCUUUGUACCUCUGUAUGAUUGCUACCCCUUGGUUAACCAGGCUUUCUCUAAGACAGGGAAAAGCAGAAAGAUAUGUAGUUUACUUCCUCUACCCUGUGGAAGCAAGCUGACACUAGAGACUGCCACCUAAAAACAAAGAACCCCUUGACAAGGGCUUGGUCUCAGUGGGGCUGUGCUGUUAGCCCAAAUGAAGGGUUAACAUCUUAAGAUGGAAACAGUUGCAGCAGUGAACAGGUACACAUGCUAGAGUCUCAAUGUACAAUAAAAACAUAGCUAUACAUGGCAUAUAUGUAAAGAUGUGUUGCACAGGUAAUCACUGCUCAAAAUGCCAGCCUUAGGAGCAGGACAUACAGAGGAUCAGCCUUGCAAUGUGGCCUGCUUCCAUGGGAGCUGUGAAGUGUGUCACUAACAGAGCUUGUCAUGCACAGCUGCUCAGCUUGCUUGUGAAGUGCAGAGCCAAUGCUCUCCUGCUUCAUGUACCCAUGUGUGCAGGAGGAUUGGCUGUCAAGUUCAUUUUGACUAGCUGCUUAUUCAAAAAACAAACCAAACCAAAAAACCCCAGAGAA